AUGGCAAGAUUCAAGUACGCUUUGCCGGAAGAGAUGGUUAAUGAAAUACUUUGUUGGCUUCCCGUGAGGACAUUGCUCCGCUUUAGGUCUGUUUGCAAGUCAUGGCUCUCCAUUAUAUCCCAACCCAAUUUCAUUAAGGCUCACAUGGAUAAGCCUAAUAAGAAUGCUUCACUACUACGGAUAAUUUUUGGGACACUUGAUGAUCAACGGCUUAAAUUUGUCUCUGAAGACUCUGAAUAUUAUCUGCGAAAUAAACCACACGGUUUUGAAAUUGUUGGUUCGUGUAAUGUUUUGCAGCUAUAUUCCGCAAAUACUGAUGCUUGGAAAGAGAUUCAUGUUUGUGAUACGUCCAUAGCUAGAGAGCUGCUUAAGCUACGUUUGAAAUUUGGUCCUGUCAUUGAUGGAUUAUUGUAUAUGGGUAAUAAGACACGGCUUGUUUCAUUUGAUUUGCACUAUGAGGUGUUUACAGUGCUCACAUUCCCUCGUUCUAGGUUAUUAAGGUCUGAUGUUUUGGAAUUUAAUGGCUCUGUUGCUGUAAUCCAAUCAGAUGUGAAUGGCUCGAAAAGUCUGUGGACACUAGAUAAUAUUCAUGGCGAAGUCUCUUGGACUAGAAAGUUCAUUAUGCAUGAUGAGUUACCAUGGAUAAAGUCUUACUUGGGUUGUGGACUUUUUUGGGGCAGAGAAGGACUUGGAGGACAUACUACAGUCUUGUAUGAUUAUACAAAGAAAAGCUAUGAAACUAUACAAGGUAGAACGAGAUCAUUCCUUAAAUACACAGAGACCUUAGCUUCAAUCGACGGGUUCAAACCAAGUGUUUCAAUGAUUUCUAUCUUUCAUCCUCAUUCCUUGAGGGAAAAAGAUCUAAAUCCUGCUGUGAAUUGA